ACCCAAAAAGGGCUGGCGGCUGUCGUUUUGACCCUUUAAGUGUGUUUCCCAGAAGGUUCAAAACCUUGAGGAUGGGGGGUUCCUUUUAGGUUCGAUUAACAGGAGCCAGUGAUCCCCUAUCUUCUUUAAGCCUGCAGAUACUGAUCUUUACUCCAAUUCUUUGAUUACCCAUGUUUUAGUUUCAACAGAUUCUUUGAUUUUCUUUUCCUGAUCAGUAUUCUUUCUUAUCAGCCAAACAAAGAAUUUUCACAGCUCUGUUUUUUCCACCAAGCUUCUUUUUCUAAGUCGUAGGUCUCAGAACUUGAUAUUAGAGUUGGGUUUCUUGAAAGUCAAAUACUUGGGUCUUUAUGGAUACCCUUCUCGAAAGAUUUCCAAGAUCCAUGAAUAAAUUCACAUUCGACCAUGGCUCAGUUCCACUGUUUUCAAAUGAUCAUAAUCUUGUAAAUCGGUUUGAUCAAGUCAGUGAUGAAUUUGUCAAUCUGCCUAAUGUCCGUCCAACCAAUUCACGAGAUUCUAGUGAUUCGAGUGAUCCAUCUGACAGUGGUGACUUCUCCAAUGUUUUCCUCAAGUACAUAAACGAGAUGCUUAUGGAAGAAGACCUGGAGACUAAGCCCUGCAUGUUACAGGACUGUCUGGCUCUCCAGGCUGCUGAAAAAUCAUUCUAUGAAGCCCUUGUUCAGGAAUCUCCUCCAUCAUCAUCAUCCAAUCAACUUCAUCCUGGUCAUUUCCACCAAAACACCGAAAGCCCAGAUUGUACUUCUCCUGCUGGCAGCAGUAGUGAGUGCACUAACAGGUAUGCUGCUCCCUUCAAGUCCCUUCCAAAUGGAAAUUUUGAAAUCAUUGAUUUAGAGAGCAUCCCAUCAGUGCCUGAUCCAGAGAAAACCAGGGAUGUGGUGGCAGAGGCAGAGAAGAAUCGGAGGGACUCCUCAAGGGGAAAGAAAAAUCAUCAGCGCCAAGAUGGAGACGAUCAAGGAAGGAGCAACAAGCAAUCGGUGGUUUAUGCAGGAGACCCCGUGCCAAUAGAUCUGUUUGAUAAAGUAUUGUUGCUUUGUCCUAGUGAAGAAGACAGCUCUGCUUCGUGUGUAUCUCAUGAAUCUUCAGGAAAUGGAGGAGGAAGCAGCAGAAAGUUCCAGCCUAAUGCCAAAACAACGCGUUCGAAGAAACAGGGCAACAAGGGGGAAAUAGUAGAUUUAUGGACUCUGCUUACUCAAUGUGCACAAGCUGUGGCAAGCGGCGAUCAAAGAACUGCAAAUGAACAAAUCAAGCAGAUCAGGCGACACUCAUCUUCCUCCGGAGAUGGAAACCAGAGAUUAGCUCAUUACGUCGCAAACGCCCUCGAGGCGCGCUUAGCGGGCACAAGGGUGCCUGUUUAUACAGCCCAUGUGAGUAAUGGAAGAUCAGCUGCCGACAUCUUGAAAGCCUACCAGGUAUACGUUAAAGCAUGCCCUUUCAAGAGAAUGUCAAAUUUCUUCGCUAAUCGAACAAUCAGGAAACUUACGCUAUCCCAGAAAGCAUCAAGAAUUCAUAUAAUUGAUUUUGGGAUUCUGUAUGGAUACCAAUGGCCCUGCCUCAUCCAACGGCUCUCUGAAAGGCCUGGCGGAGCUCCCAAGCUUCGCUUGACGGGGAUUGAGCUUCCCCAGCCGGGUUUUCGGCCCGCAGAAAGAGUUGAAGAGACAGGGCGUCGGUUAGAGAACUAUUGCAAGAGAUUCAACGUCCCUUUUGAAUUCAGCGUCAUAGCAAAAAAAUGGGAAACAAUUCAGCUCGAGGAUCUCAAGAUUGACGGAGAUGAACUCACCGUUGUCAACUGUCUGUACCGUUUGAAGAACCUCCCUGACGAAACAAUGGUGGCCAACAGCCCGAGAGACACGGUGCUGAAGCUGAUCAAGAGAAUAAACCCGGAUUUAUUCGUGCACGGCGUUGUCAACGGAACAUACAAUGCGCCCUUCUUUGCCACGCGGUUCCGGGAGGCGCUCUUCCACUUCUCCGCGUUGUUUGAUAUGUUUGACGCCAACGUGGCUCGCGACGAUCGGAACAGGUUGAAUUUUGAGAAGGAGAUAUAUGGAAGGGAUGUUAUGAACGUCGUGGCCUGCGAAGGUCUGGAAAGGGUGGAAAGACCAGAGACUUACAAGCAGUGGCAGGUCCGUAAUUUGAGGGCGGGGUUCCGGCAGCUCCCAUUGGACCAGGAUAUCUUGCACCAAGUGCAGAAAACAGUGAAGUCAGAGUAUCAUAAGGAUUUUGUGGUCGAUGUGGAUGGCCAGUGGAUGCUGCAGGGAUGGAAGGGGCGUAUUGUCUUUGGUCUUUCUUUUUGGAAACCUGCUUCCAAGUUCUGAAUAGUCAAAUUAGAUUUGAAUCUAUAUGUUUUUUCUCUUCUUUUCUUUUUUCCUGAGCAGCACUGAUGUUUGAUAAUUGAUAUGCUCACCCAGUCAAUAUAACUAGAAAUUUUUAUUGCAUUGCCA